CCGUUACAGGUGAAAUAUCGUUCCCAAUACACGAGGAAAGUGCAAUCUCGUCUGUCCUUCAUCCCAAAACAGAAGGCCGUCCUUAAUCUGGAACGAGGCAGUCACUCUCAACCGGACGGUCACUUCAAAAUAAGUCUCGCCAGUCUGCCGGUGGUCGUAUCGAGUAGACUCUACUACCAGCACAAGGCAGCAGUCGUAGAUCUACCACUCACUGCACUGCACUGCAGUACAACUACAAGUCAAGUCCAAAAGGAGCCGCCUGCGUCCGCAGACUCACGCUGCACAGCACGUAGACGUGGACGUGUUCAGUCCACGUACGUCAGUCACACGACAGCCCGCCGAAAAAAAGUUACGGUCGGGCUGAAAAAUGUACGGUCGGUCGGGUGAGUCGAACCACAGACCUUCUUCAGUGUGGCCUUAUUAAUUAUGUAGAUCUACAGUCUGUAUCUCGAUCGAUGUUUUUCAUUCAUGCGAGGAACAAGCUUCGCGGACGUCGUCGUUGCAGAGUUUCUUCAACCCGAUCUUCCUCAUGAUAAAUGUAGACUGAUGAGCGGAGCACCGCGGUGCAGCUAGUGCAUUGUGGAGUCCGAAAUAAUAGCGGCGCCCAUCGAAGUACCGGAAAGCAGAGACGGAAGAACAAAAUGGGCUCGACUAAAAUGCCAUUGCAGGGCUGGAGUGCGGCGUUACUGGUGGCCACUGUUGCAGGCGCAUGCUACCUGAACACACUGCGAGGUGGGCUAGUGUUCGACGAUCAUCGCGGCAUCGAGACCAACGACGACAUUCGCGCCGACCGGAGCAGCUUGUCGCAGCUGUUCAGCAACGACUUCUGGGGCGGCUCAAUGGCCAGAGAGCAAUCGCACAAGUCGUACAGGCCGCUGACCGUACUGUCCUAUCGAUGGUUCAACUACCUGACGUUCGGUAUGGCCCACUGGUGGUUCCAUGCCGUGAACACCAUACUGCACGCCCUAGCCAGUGCUCUCUUUUGGAGAGUCCUGCGAGAGUUCGGUCUGGCCAAGCAGGCAUGCCUGUUCGGAGGCCUACUGUUCGCCGUCCACAGCGUGCACACCGAGGCGGUGGCGAACACGGUCGGACGUGCCGAGGUCCUUUCCGCCAUCUUCUUCUUCGCCGGCACCAUCGUGUAUGCGCGGCGCGUCGUAGCCUGCGGAGGACGACCGAAAGAGCAGCAACAGCCGCCGACGAAAGACGGCGACGGUGGUGUUCACGCGUGGCUCUGGCUCGGUGUCGCCGUACUGUGUGCCGUUCUGUCGUUGCUGAGCAAGGAGCAGGGCAUCACCGUGCUCACUGUCUACGCUGCCGUCGACAUUCUCACACACUGGAAACGUGACAACGACGGUGGCAAGCGGCUCAAGGCGGCGUUGAUACGCGUAGGAGUGCUAGCGGCCUGUGCCGGCGUAUGCCUGCGCCUGCGUCUAGCCAUGAACCACGGCACAGAGCCGAUCUUCAAGCCGGAGGAGAUGCGCGCCACGUUCCACGCCGAUCGGCGUGUGCGCCUGCUCAGCUUCCAGUACAUCUACGCGUGGAACGCGCUGCUGCUGCUGUGGCCGGCCCCGCUGUGCUGCGAUUGGUCGCUGGGCUCUGUGCCGCUCGUCGAGACGAUGCUUGACUGGCGCAACUGUGCGUCGCUCGCACUGUACGCAAUGCUACUGGUGUAUGGCCUCGGGGCGUUGCGCCAGCUGCUCGCGUCGCCUCGCGCCGGAUGGCAGCCGGCUCUGGGCUUGGCGCUGCUCGUUCUGCCGUUUGCGCCGUCGACGGGCGCGCUGUUCCGCGUCGGCUUUGUGGUGGCCGAGCGCGUGCUCUACAUACCCAGUGCCGGCUGGUGCAUGAUCAUUGCCAUGGGAUACCAGCGCCUGACGACCUCGCCGCUGUUGCCGUCCGCAUCGCGCCGAGUGGUGUGUGUUCUCGGCGCGGUCACCCUGCUGCUGAUGGCGGCGAAGACGGUGCAUCGCAACGAGGACUGGAACACGGACCUGCAGCUGUACGAGUCCGGGGUCAGGGCCAAUCCGAACAACGUCAAGCUGCACAACAACUACGGCAUGAUGCUGGUAGAGCUGGGUCGUCACGACGACGCACUGCGCGCGUACAACGCCGCACUUGAACUGGAGCCGCAGUACCACGACGUGCACUUCAACCUGGGCAACCUCUAUCACGCCGCCGGGCAGCUGGAUAAGGCCGCCGCCGAGUUCCAGUUUGCGGCGGGAAAUCCGAACCAGGCGCGCCGCUCUCUGAACAAUCUCGGCAGCGUGCUGAUGAAGUUGAACAGGCUGAAUGACGCGGAGCUAGCACUGCGACAGGCAAUCAAGGCGCCCGCUCCCGGCAACCAGGACAACUCGCAGGCGUUCAAUAACCUGGCCAGCGUCCUGGGCGAGCUGAAGAAGUACGCCGAGGCGGAGGACGCGUUCCGCGAGGCGCUGCGCAUCCGGCCCGACUACGUCGACGCGCAUUUCAACUAUGGCACGCUGCUAGUUCAUGCCGGGCGGAUGGACGAGGCCGAGCGAGAGCUGAGAGAAGCACUGCGUCUGCAUCCCGGCCAUGCCGGUGCAGUGAAUAAUUUAAAAGUAAUCGAGUGGAGGCGAGCGCAUCCAGACUGAUCUGAUCUGAAAUCAGACGUCACGUAUCCAUUGGUUUGAGGCAAAGAUGCGACCGCGGGAAAAAGUCUGAAGAGAAAAUUGACCGUCGCCACCAGGACUCGAACCAGGGAUGGCCAGCGAUGCUCCACCACUAAGCUACGGUGUAGUUGUCAUCCAAGCAGCAACCGUUCAACAUUUUCUUCAGACUUCGAAACUCACUGAAAGCUGAAACACAAUGUGUUCAGUUCCCUGGAUCAGAGCAACACACUAUUACACAACACUGGCUUCAGGAAGCAGGAAAGAAACAUGAAGAGACCAGCUUUUGAAUACAGUGAAUUCAACCUUUA